AAAAAAAGGCCCAAUGGCCCAAACCAAAAAUAUUAAAACCAAUAUUUUCAAGGAUAAGGAAGCCUAACGAGGUAACCAAAGAGAUGAGGAACAAAUUGGAUGAUAGAUAGUUGUUUUUAGUGUAUUUUACAGCGGAUUUAAGACAUGGGUCAAAACCCACCCGUUAACAUAAGAGAUGGUAACAGAAAGCUAACACAAGAGGAAGGUUAAUUAAAACAUAAAGCAGUUACAAUGAGGUGGGCAUUAGGACCUGGGGAGGCAGAAGUUAAGUGGUCGUCACCUGACAUCGCAGAGGUGCUGGAUUAACCGAGCACGUUGCCGCCGCGCCUGAUCCACCUCCAGGAGGCUAAUAGGGGGGGGGAAGCGGCGGUCAACCGGAAGUGACGACAUACCCAGACUAGCUUUAUCCAAUAAACGCUCGUUCAUUCCGGUUUGUGGAUUAUCCUCAAAGCGUCGCUAUGGAUGUCGGCGCAUUAACUCGGGACUGUUAAAUAAAUUUAAAAAAACAAUUAAACUAUGGAUCCAACUUUCAUUUUAUCAGCCGUCAUCUUCACUUUGCUCGCCCUGGUGGUGGCGACGUCGCUGCUGAACAACUCCUCCUCGCCUCCUCCGCCUCAGGACCCUCUCGACGCCCGGAGUCACCCGGGACCGGACGCGGGGGGAGGCGAGCCGGCGGCCAAGCACAACGGCCAUGUAUCGGACACGAAGAAGGGCAAGAAGGCGGCGGACGACUGGUGCGAGCUGAGCGGCAGCUCCCACGACCACUGGGACGUGGUGAAGUGUGUGCAGUCAGAGGAUGCGCGGCUCAGCCCCGUCAGCGAGGAGCCGGCGACCCCGGCGGCCGAGCGCUCCUCUUCGUCGGCGUCCACCCUGUCCGUGCCCAGGCCUGACUCCAGGCACACCAGCUGCGACUCGUCGUCCGAGGCCUCGUCGGGGCGCGGACGGCGCUCCUUCAUCGGGCUCUCUGACCAGGAGCUCCUAAAGUGUGCUUUCUCUGAUCCCCAGACCGAAGGAGCCGCAGAGAGCCCGGAGGUCAACGACAAGACGGACUUCAACAACUCCUUCCAGUACGUCCCCGGAAAGUCGCGGUCCCACCACAUGGAGAUGAUGAUGUCCAAAGAGGAGCUGGAAGAGGAGCAGAGGGUGCAACGGGAGCAGCUGGCCGCCAUCUUCCAGCUGCUGAGGGACAACACGGAGACGUUCGGGGACGUCUCCGAGGGCGACAUGGAGGAGCAACUGCGCCUCUACUCCAUCUGAGACCCCCCCCCCCACCCGCCGGGAUUCCCGCGCGUAGCCAUAGCGGCAUGUGAGCGCGACGGCCGAGGGCGCCGCCCGGUGAGCUAACGGCGCAUUGCGCCGCGCAAGCGUUGUCAGUGGUAGUUCCCAGGCUGAGGUGAGAAGCGGAUGGAACUUUUUUUUUUUUUUUUUUUUCUAAGAACCCAUAGCGGGAUUUUUCUCGCCACGGUUCUGGAUUCUACAGGAAAUUCCCGGAAAUUCCCCACGCUUUGACUGAAGCGGAAAAUAUGGCGGACUGUGAUGUAUUUUGUGAGGAUAUAAAAUACCGUAGCUUCUAAGGCAGAGCUGGGCCAAUAUUUUGGACUCGGGGGGGCCACAUUGAGAGAAAAAAUGUGUCCGGGUGGGGCCGAUGUGUAUGAAUAAUAUAUACAUAUUUAGCUGUAAAAACCUGCUGUACAGUAUGUGUGUUUGGGUCCCUUUUUUUUCCAGGAACACUAAAACCAAAAGUCACAAUGUCCGAUAGAGUUCUAAAAACUUUAUGACAGACCAUUUAAAAAAACAAAAAACAACAGAAUGGAAUUUUACAGUUUUUUACUGAAUGGGACACCCAAAUUGUACAUAAAAAUAAAGAAAAGUGGGAUUUACAAUAUUA